CUCCUUUGGGUGAGUCCUCCUGCCUACUGCCGCUUCUUGAGCCCGCAAAGGACACCGAGGCUGCUGGAGGCGAGCGGUUCCCCGGAGCGCCGGCUGCAGGGUUCCGCUGCUUCGCUUGGGGCCGGCGGCUGCGGUGGGGAUUUGGUCAGGCGCCUCGGGCGGAUCUGGGCUGCUUGCCGCUGAGCCGCGUUAAGCGAGUGGCGGAGCAGCUGCGGCUGGUUCAGAGCGGCUCUUGCAGCGGGUCGCUUCGCGGGCGCGUCUCGCACCUAGGCGCCACCAUCGCUGCUUCGGAGCCGCUGCAGCCGAGGCAGAAGCACCCAGGAAGGAGGAUACCACAAUGUGCUCUCCGGUAUCUACGCAGUGCUGCUCUCAGUCCAGCCGCAGCAUGUUCCCGUAGUGCCAGGCAUCUUGUCGCAAGGUUGGGCUUCUGGUCCAGCAGGAGUGUGGCUGACCCAUUGGCAGGUGGGCCAUGGACACCCACAUGGACUUGUUGACAGAGCUGCAGCUACUGGAUAAGGUGCCUACCCUUGAGAGGCUCCGGACAGCCCAGAAACGCCGCGCUCAGCAGCUGAAGAAGUGGGCGCAAUACGAGAAGGAGAUGCAGCACAAGAGGAGGAAGCAUGAGAAGAAGAGGAAUGUUGCCAGCCGCAAGAAGGUGUCCUUUGAGGCCAGCGUUGCGCUGCUGGAGGCUUCACUAAGGAACGAUGUUGAGGAAGUCUGUUAUUUAUUGAACAACAACUUCAGCCCAGACCUGUGCAAUGAAGAUGGAUUAACUGCACUGCAUCAGAUGGCUGCUGGGUUUUCCGGAGACCAUCUGGAUGCCUAUUUUCUAGGCACUAAGGAGUGCUGCAUAGACAACUAUGAAGAGGUCGUUAAGCUUCUUCUGAACCAUGGUGCCAAUGUCAACGCAAAGGAUAAUGAGCUGUGGACUCCUCUGCAUGCAGCAGCAACAUGUGGACACAUCAACCUGGUGAAGAUCCUGAUUCAGCAUGGAGCAGACCUGCUAGCGGUGAAUGCAGAUGGGAACAUGCCAUAUGACCUGUGUGAAGACGAACCAACUCUAGACGUCAUUGAGACCUGCAUGGCAUACCAGGGAAUAACACAGGAGAAAAUCAAUGAGACGCGAGCUGCGCCAGAACAGGCAAUGGUUGAUGAUAUUACAGAGAUGAUAGCAACAGGGCAAGAUCUGAACAGGACCGAUGCACAAGGUGCUACGCUGUUGCAUAUAGCUGCAGCCAAUGGCUACCUGCACGCAGCAGAGAUUCUUCUGGACCAUGGAGCAAGGCUGGACCUCAAGGACUGGGAUGGCUGGGAGCCCCUCCAUGCCGCCGCCUUCUGGGGACACAUGCAUAUGGCAGAGCUGUUGGUGUCUCACGGCGCAAGCUUGAGCGCCCGAACCACCAUGGAUGAGAUGCCAAUAGACCUCUGUGAAGAAGAAGAGUUUAAGGUUCUGCUCUUGGAGCUGAAGCAUAAGCACGAUGUCAUCAUGAAGUCUCAGAUGAGGCACAAGUCCUCCUUGAGCAGAAGAACCUCCAGCACUGGAAGCAGAGGGAAAGUGGUACGGAGGGCAAGCCUUUCUGACCGAACCAACCUUUACAGAAAGGAGUACGAGAAGGAGGCCAUCAUCUGGCAGCAAAUAGAAUCUUCAGAAGAACAGAGGACCUCUGGCUACAACGGUGACAUCAGAGAGUCUUGCUCCAACCAAGAGAACACAGAUCCAAACUCUCCAGCAGAUUCACCCACAGUCCUUCCGGAGCUGGUAACCAAAAGCACGCAGUGCGACUCGGAAACCCUCCUCCAGAACGGGCUCAACUUAUCCUCUGCCACUUACCAAUACUCUAUCCCUAAUGGAGAUGUUUGGAAAAUGCAUUCUGCCCUGGACAAUGAGGCAGGCCAAGCGCUGCCCUAUGAAACCCCCGGAGUCCCUGAUUCUCAUCAGAUCUGGGGGGGCUACAAAGAAAGGAGCCACCAAACCCUUGCGGAGCUGAAACGGCAGCGGGCAGCAGCGAAGCUUCUCAACCACCCCUUCAUCAGCACACACUUUGGGAGCAAUGGGGGCAGCACAGCUGAGAACGGGGGAGAAGCAAAAGAGCACCUCAUUAGCUCCAGGACUCCUUCCUAUACGUCCAAUGGGACUUCAGUUUAUUACACAGUGUCGAGCGGUGAUCCACCUCUCUUAAAGUUCAAAGCUCCCAUGGAAGAAAUGGAGGAGAAGGUGCACGGGUGCUGCAGAAUUUCCUGAUCCAAUUUCAUUGCUAACCAGCUGAGAUGCUAAGCUGGGUAGGCAUGUUGCAUCCUCUGCUGAGUCUUGGUUGUUAUCACUGCGGAACGGGAGAAUCUGGAUCAGUCAUCUCAGGCCAGUCUGUCCCAGGCUUGCUCAUUUUUAGUACCUUACUUUGCUUUUGCAAUUCCAUUUAAAAAAUCAAGCAAGUGUAGGUGGCAGAGAGAAAUCCAGGACAGCUCCUUAUUGCAUACUCUUGUCCACACGAGAGAGAAAGAGAGAGCUAUCUCAUUACAUCCAUGUGAUUGCUAACCCCAUCUCUAUUUCUGAGCUUCUUGGGCCACCAUGCUCCUGAAAAAUGGCCCUUUGGGAACAAACCCUCUCAACACAUCCUUGGUGCACCAUUACCAAAGGUAUGCGAUCCAAACCUGAGCACUUUUACGAGCAGCGUAGGUGGACUGUUGAAGGACUCACUUUGCCUACACAAAUGUGAGGUUUUUGCGCACAGAAGACAUAUGCACUUUACUACAACAACCAGUAGACUGUUCUGUGACAACACAGUUGGGACACUUAGCCAUCCUGUUGCCAAUUUUUUUGAGCCACCGUUUCCUGUUGUGCUCUUUGUACAAACACAGAGAGUUGGAUAGGUCUUCUCUGCAAGCGGCAACCCUAUUAUAAAUGGGUGGGAUAUUCCUUAGAGGAGUGAUACAGCUAAAAGGGAUUAGUGGUUCACACAUAACCUCCAUUGCAGUCCUUUCACUUAGCACUUGGGCAUAAUUUGACACAUGGCUGGCAAAUUCAACUUUAAGUUCAUCAUAUUUCAUCAGAGAGCAGCUGUGUUUGGAUUCCCCCCCCCCCAAACCACUGUUGGGGAAAGAUUAGGGUGGAUGGGAUCUUCUUCUAAACAUUAUUUUUUGUCACUUGGACCGUUGUAAUUGUAUUUUUGGUUAGCCCAUGCUUACUAUGCCUAAGAGAGUAUUUGAAAUGGCUCUUGAACAUUAAAGUUUGUGGCCUGUUUUGUUUUGGCAAAAUC